AUGAGCUCAGACGAACCCACCAAAGACGAUGUGGUGAAGAAGCCAGAUGUUGACGAAAAGAAAGAUGCUAGCGACCCCGCUGACGGUGAAGAGCUUAGAUUCACACCAGAAGAAGAGGAGCUUGAGGAUUGGAAGGAGGCCAUCAAAUCCGCGUCAGAUUCUCUCAAAGCUUUGGAAAAGCUUGAACAAAAUGACCCUCGACUGCAGCAUGGAGGGAAAAAAGAUGGCGAGGAAAAAGCCAAGAAGGAGGGGGAUGAUGUGGAGGAAGAGAUCAUCAGCGACGGGGCUUCGCGUGCAGCUCCAGCACCGGACUCAGUUGAUGAAGAAGUGAAAAAGCUCGAGGCAAACAUUCAACGAAUUCGAUGCAAAGCGCUUAUGAGACGAGCUCGUGGCCGAACUGAGGCAGGUGGCUGGCAUAAUCUUGCUGGCGCAGAAGAAGACUGCAAGACUCUAGCUGCCAAACCGGAAAGCCUGGCUCCAGCCGAUCUUCGAGUGGUCCAGAAGCAACUGAGAGAAUUACCCCCGAAAGUAAAGGCUGCACAGGAGAAAGAAAUGGGCGAGAUGUGGGGAAAACUAAAAGACCUUGGAAACGGCAUUCUGAAGCCGUUUGGGUUGAGCACAAACAAUUUCCAGAUGGUCAAGGACGAGAACACUGGAGGUUACAGCAUGAAUUUCCAGCCUGGAGGAAAGUCCCAAUGA